AAAAAAAAAAAAAAAAGGGAUCUUGUUUCUGUUCGUAGAUAAAAUCUGUGUGAGUUUGCCGGUGGAAGAACGAACGAACGAAUUCGACUCCAAUUUUCCCCUCUCGAUCCGAUCGAGUUCUCUGCUCCAAUUUGUUUUCCGCCUCCGAGAUCUCGCUCUCAACAAUGACGACAUCGCGGCGUCUUGCAGAUCGGAAGGUGGAGAGGUUCGAGAAGAACAUUUUGAAGAGAGGGUCUGUGCCCGAGACGGCUACCAAGAAGGGAAAGGACUACCCCGUUGGCCCUAUUCUUCUUGGAUUCUUCGUUUUUGUCGUCAUUGGAUCAUCUCUGUUUCAGAUAAUCAGGACGGCAACAAGCGGAGGCAUGGCUUGAGCCAUCUUCAGUUCUGAAAUUCCAGAGGAGGCAGGGCAUGAGGUUAAUGUUCUUGUGUUAUUUGAUGUUUUGGUCGUCCUCUCUUUGGUUUUCUGCUAGGAAAAGAAGUUGGUAGUGUAGAAAGUAAAGACCAUUUCUGGUCAUCCUGUGAAGUACUUGAAAAGUAAUUUGAAUAACAGUGCACACAUCUUAUGUGCUAUGGCUAUGUUCUGCUU